AUACGACGCUCAGUCGCUGUGACCAUGGCUCUUCACCAGUACGACUGGAUUCUCGCCCUGGGUACAAUCUUCGCCUUCCUCGACGCCUGGAACAUUGGCGCCAAUGAUGUCGCCAAUUCGUGGGCUACCUCGGUCUCCUCCCGGUCCGUCAAGUACUGGCAGGCCAUGGUACUGGCGACAAUCAUGGAGUUUGCUGGAGGUAUCGGCGUAGGCGCAACCGUAUCAGACACCAUCCGCACAAAGGUCGUCGACGUCGAUCUCUUCGAAAACAAUCCAGCCCUCCUCAUGCUUGGCAUGCUCUGCGCCCUCGUCGGCUCCUCCACCUACCUCACCUUCGCCACCCGCAUUGGUCUGCCGGUUUCGACGACGCACUCGAUUAUGGGUGGUGUUAUUGGCAUGGGUGUCGCGCUCGUCGGCGCCGAUGGCGUUAAGUGGUGGGGUGGAAAUAUCAAUUCGGGCGUCGUCCAGGUCUUCCUCGCCUGGGUUAUUGCUCCGUUUAUUUCCGCGGCCUUUGCAGCCAUUAUCUUCCUGCUCACAAAGUACCUGAUUCUGCUGCGCAGCAAUCCUGCUCGCAAGGCCCUCUACACGAUUCCCUUCUAUUUCUUCGUGACCUGUACCCUCCUCGCCAUGCUCAUCGUGUGGAAGGGCGGUUCGAGUCGUAUCAAGCUUGAGGGCAACGAGAUUGCAGGGACAGUUGUCGGUACCGGUGCCGUUAUGGCUGCCCUCGCUGCAUUCUUCCUUGUCCCAUGGCUUUACCGCCGUGUCAUUCUCGAUGACUGGGCGAUCCGCCCCUGGCACCUCCUGCUCGGCCCCCUCGUCCUCCGCCGUGGUGAAGUCCCCCCUCGUCCCGAAGGUGUUAAGACCGUGCAAAACUACUACCGCGGCCACAAGACCUUCGAACAAAUCCAGGCUGAGCGUGCAGCUGGCAACGACGUUGAGACCGCUAACAAAUCCACCCCGGCCACUAGCACCGAGGGAUCACCCGAGAUCGAACCAAAGGCCGACCCGCGUGUGCUUGCGUCAGAGCCGGACUCGGAACCUGACGCCAUCAACAUCAGCGGUCCCCGUCCAGAAGGCGGCAACUUCCACCCGGCCGUGCUAUUCUGGCAGGCGAAGCGGCUCUUCUUCCGCGGUAUUGAGAAAGACGUCGUGUCAAUGCAGAACAAGCGCAAUAUCCUCACCGGCGACAUAGAGAUGACCCAUGCCCACGCUGACCACUUCGAAAACCGUGCUGAGUACAUGUUCUCAUUCCUGCAAGUAUUGACCGCUUCAACUGCUUCCUUCGCUCACGGCGCCAAUGAUCUGUCCAAUGCCGUUGGUCCUUACGCCACAAUCUACAGUAUCUGGCGCACCGCCUCUUUGAGUGGAUCCGGCGGCAGCGGGAAGACUGAUGUCCCCUAUUGGAUCCUUGCCUUUGGUGGUGCCUCGCUGGUCAUCGGUCUUUGGACCUACGGGUACAAUAUUAUGCGUAACCUGGGAAACUUUAUCACAUUACACAGUCCCUCUCGCGGCUUCACAAUGGAGCUCGGGUCCGCCAUCACGAUCAUCAUGGCCACGAAGCUAAAGCUGCCUGUUUCCACGACGCAGUGUAUCACUGGUGCAACCGUGGGCGUCGGUCUCUGCAACGGGACAUACAAGACGAUUAACUGGCGCAUGGUUGCAUGGAUCUAUAUGGGCUGGAUUAUUACGCUGCCUGUGACGGGAAUUAUCUCGGGAUGCAUCACAGGAAUUAUUAUUAAUGCACCGCGGUGGGGAUACCAGGGGUAA